UUGUUUUGUGUCGAAGCAAAGAAUUAUCGAUGGGGGGAGAAGAGAAGAAGCAGAGAGAAUCCACGGUGAGAAGAGAAGCAGACAAGGGGAAAAGCGGAAGAUCGAAAGGGUUAGACGGGGAAAGAAGAAGAAUAGAGUCAGGAAGAAUGAAAGGAAAGCAAGCAAAGUGGUGAUGUCGAUAUUAACUGAUCGAUUAUUCGUUUCGCUUUUGCUCGUGUCGUUUUGGCGUCGAAUUGGAACGCGCCCCGGAAAAACGCUAUAUGGAGAUCGCUCCACCAACCGCUUUUUUUCGAGCGAGAUGGAAGCAGAAAAGGACUUUUCGGCAUUCUCUGCUACGUGUUUCUCUCUCAGUCCUCGAUUCAUUCCGCGGUUCUGUUCCUGCAUCAGGUCUGCAUCUAGAAGGAUUUACUCAACCACUGCUUACGUAUGGUGGGAGAAUAUGGCUUCAUAUAUCAACGAUGCUAUAUCCUGAACUUUCUUGAAAGACAAACCCAUAUGCAACCUUUUAAGAGGAAGAAAAAGUAAUAGAU